AUUCGAUCUAUAAUCAUGGCAAACAAAGCAAUCAUUCUUCUGGCAGUGCUCCUUUGCGCUCAGGCCGUCUUUGGUGUCGCCAUCGUCAGCAAGGCGCAGUGGGGUGGACGCAACCCCACGAGCAAGACAACUCUGGCCAACAACCUGGACUACGCUGUGAUCCACCACACCGCCGGCAACUACUGCAGCACCCGGGAUGCCUGCACAAGGGAGCUGCGUAGCGUCCAGGCCUACCACAUGGACAGCUUGGGCUGGCCCGAUAUUGGCUACAACUUCCUGAUCGGUGGUGAUGGCUCUGCAUACGAGGGUCGUGGCUGGAACGUUAUGGGUGCUCAUGCCACCAACUGGAACUCCAAGUCCAUUGGCAUCUCCUUCCUGGGUAACUUCAACAAUAACAAACCAACCGCUGCCAUGAUCAACGCUGCCAAGGGUGUCCUUGCCGAUGCCGUCUCCCGUGGUCAAAUCAGGUCCGGCUACACCCUGUACGGUCAUCGCCAGGUCAGCGCUACCGAGUGCCCCGGCACCAAUCUGUGGAACGAGAUCCGCACCUGGUCCAACUGGAGGGCCUAAGCUAUCGCUUGCUCAAAAUGGCAUGCAUAAUUUGCUGCAUAAUAAAAAUUCAUAAAAAUAUACAAUACACGUUAUAUACUACAUUUGUUAAAAGCAUUCCUUGGAUACUUUUCUUUAUUGGUAAUAGGUUCUUCUUUGAUGAUUAUGAAGUCGGAAUUAGAUAGCCAAAAACCCAUAAAGUCAAAGGCUUACUCACAUUUAUCUGUUUCUAAUAAAUAUUAGUU